AAUCAUCAUAACAAUCUAUCUAUCACAUCAUCCUUCCCCACUCCGCUGGUCCCCUCUCUCCAUUCUUGAAGUUGAGGUAUGGUCCAGUCUGGGUUUUUACCGUAAGGCGAAUUUGGACACUCUUCCCCAAAUGUGCUUGUGGUAAAACCUCGAUUGAACCAGUAAAGGUAAGUAAGGACAAGGUAAGUUCAGCUUCAACGUCCUAUUCAACCCCUCCCCCCCCCUAUCUUUUUUUCUUUCCUUUUCGUCGUCGCCCUUCGUCCUGGUCCCCGGUCAAUGGCCUCUCUUCCCUCCACCCCGAAAGCGGCCAUUGCGCCCGCGCCCGCGCCCACGCCAGAUGAAUCUCGCACUCCUGGCAAGUGGCGCCAUCCUCAGUUGAACGAGAUUGUCAGGCGACAAAAUGCGGAGACAUUCGGAGACCGCAACCUCAAGAAAUUGUCGUGGAAUACCGUCGCUCUGGUAGCGACGUGGAUCUUCGGGGAUACCUUUCGAUCAUACUCUUUUCGGGUCCAAAACCUGACCCGAAUUUCUACCUACCCGGACUUCUCGCUGCUGAUCUUGCAACUGAUCUUUGCGGUGAACAUCCUCCUCGCAUUGUACCCUCUGUUCCGGCCCAAGGACAACUUCUCCGACAUCCCUCUCACCCCUACGCAGCGCUCGCUCCUGGGCCUCCGCCCGUCUACCAGCUCACCGUCGACGCCUGGAACCUCAUUUGUGACCCCCCCGAAAUAUCGACUUUCGGCAUCGCGGACCGCUAGCCCCGCCAGCAGAACGGCGUCGCCGUUAUCCGCGAGCGCCAGCGCAUCGGGGCGUCGACUAUCGUACAGCACAACCUUUUCCCCUUCUAGUAGCCCGUUGCUUCAUAAGGUGGUUUCGAAUGGGGGGCGAGAGGGAGGGCGACGACCCAGCUUUGGGUCGUCGUCUUCAUUCGGUCGGAGCUCAUCCUUCACGGAGUCGACCAUGGGGCCUGCGACCCCAUCCCCGGUCGGUGGAAAGCGGGUUAGCCUGGGAUUGAGCAAUAAGUGGCUUUACGAGCGGAGUAGACGGUUGUCAGCCAGCAACGGCAGUCUUUGAUUGAUUGAUAAAUGGAAUGGAUUGGUUUGGCGGGUGUUCUGGUUGCACUUAUCAAGGGAAGACGAUGUAAACUUGAGUGUUUAGCCCGGAAGUUAUUUCCGAAAUUCGUGGCUUUGAAUUUUCCAUAGCAAUACUAUACUU